AUGCGGUUUUCCCGGCAAGGAGGCCCAAGAGCCAGGCGACUAUUGCUCUGGUUUCUGCUCCUUGCUUUCUGGGAGGCGGGGAGCAGCCAGCUCCACUACUCAGUCUCUGAGGAGGCCAAACACGGCACCUUCGUGGGACGCAUCGCGCAGGACCUGGGCCUGGAAUUGGCAGAGCUGGUACCACGCCUGUUCCGAGUGGCAUCCAAGGGCCAAGGGGACCUUCUGGAGGUAAAUUUGCAGAAUGGCAUUUUGUUUGUGAAUUCUCGGAUCGACCGGGAGGAGCUGUGUGGGCGGAGCCCGGAGUGCAGUAUUCACCUGGAGGUGAUUGUGGACAGGCCGCUGCAGGUUUUCCAUGUGGAGGUGGAGGUGAAAGACAUUAAUGACAACCCUCCAGUGUUCCCUGAAAGUAAGAAAAGAAUAAUCAUUGCAGAAUCUAGACCUCCGGAAACUCGAUUUCCACUAGAUGGCGCAUACGACGCAGAUAUUGGAGUAAACUCGGCAUUAACCUACCGACUAGAUCCCAACGAUUAUUUUGCUUUGGACACACAGAACAAUCGUGAGCAAACGUCUUCGUUAUUUCUUGUGUUGAGGAAAACAUUGGACAGAGAGGAAAUUGAGGAACAUAGUUUAUUACUGACAGCCAGUGAUGGAGGUAAACCCGAGCUGACCGGUACAGUUCAGUUGCUGAUCAUGAUUCUGGAUGUGAAUGACAACGCCCCAGAAUUUGACCAAUCUAUAUAUAAAGCGAGAGUGUCAGAGAGCGCAUUUAAUGGAACGUUGGUGAUCAAGCUAAAUGCCACAGAUGCUGAUGAUGGUACAAAUGGAGAUAUAGUCUACUCAUUUAGAAAGCCUGUAUCACCCGCAGUGGUAUAUGCAUUUACCAUAAAUCCCGAAAGUGGAGAAAUUAGGACAAAAGGGAAACUGGAUUUCGAAGAAAAGAAAUUGUAUGAAAUAUCAGUGGAGGCAGUUGACAAAGGGAAUAUUCCAAUGGCGGGUCAUUGUACCCUUUUGGUGGAAGUAUUAGAUAUAAAUGAUAAUGCCCCAGAGGUUACAAUCACUUCUCUGUCUCUCCCAAUCAGAGAAGAUACUCAGCCUAGCACGGUCGUCGCCCUGAUUAGCGUAUCUGAUCGUGACUCUGGAGCCAACGGACAGGUCACCUGCACCCUGACGCCCCAUGUUCCCUUUAAACUGGUGUCCACCUUCAAAAAUUACUAUUCGUUGGUGCUGGACAGCACCCUGGACCGCGAGAGCAAAUCUGACUACCAGUUGGUGGUGACAGCGCGGGACGGUGGCUCGCCUUCGCUGUCUGCCACCGCCAGCGUGUCCGUGGAGGUGGCCGACGUGAACGAUAACGCGCCAGCCUUCGCACAGCCCGAGUACACCGUGUUCGUGAAGGAGAACAACUCUCCGGGCUGCCACAUCUUCACAGUAUCUGCGCGGGACGUGGACACGCAGGAGAACGCGCUGGUGUCCUACUCGCUGGUGGAGAGGCGAGUGGGCGAGCGUGCGCUGUCGAGCUACGUGUCUGUGCACGCGGAGAGCGGCAAGGUGUACGCGCUGCAGCCUCUGGACCACGAGGAGCUGGAGCUGCUGCAGUUCCAGGUGAGCGCGCGUGAUGCGGGCUUGCCGCCUCUGGGCAGCAACGUGACGCUGCAGGUGUUCGUGCUAGACGAAAACGACAACGUGCCAGCGCUGCUGGUGUCUAGGGCUGGCAACAUGGGCGGCGUGGUGACCGAGCUGGUUUCACGAUCUGUGGGGGCAGGCCACGUGGUGACGAAGGUGCGCGCUGUGGACGCAGACUCAGGAUACAACGCUUGGCUGUCGUAUGAGCUGCAGCCAACAGCAGGAAGCGCGCGCAGCCCGUUCCGCGUGGGUCUGUACACCGGCGAGAUCAGCACGACGCGCGCCCUGGAUGAGAACGACUCGCCGCGCCAAAGCUUGUUGGUGCUAGUGAAGGACCACGGAGAGCCGGCGUUGACUGCCACCGCCACCGUGCUGGUGUCGCUUGUGGAGAGCAGCCAGGCGCCAAAGGUUUCUUCGCGGGCGUUGGUGAACACUAUGGGUCCUGAGGUGGCUCUGGUGGAUGUCAACGUGUACCUGAUCAUCGCCAUCUGCGCGGUGUCCAGCCUGUUGGUGCUCACGCUGCUGCUGUACACAGCUCUGCGAUGUUCUGCACCUCAGACCGAGGGCGCGUGUGGGUCGGGCAAGCCCAGGCUGGUUUGCUCCAGCGCAGUGGGAAGUUGGUCAAACUCCCAGCAGAGGCGGCAGAGGGUGUGCUCUGGGGAGGGACCGCCCAAAACAGACCUCAUGGCCUUCAGCCCCAGUCUUCCUCCUUGUCUGGAUUCUGCAGAGGGAAGGGGCCAGAGAGAGAUGGAUUCAGAACAUUUGAGAGAGGUAAACUCGUAUUUUUUUAAAAACACCUUAAUAUUUUAG